AUGCAAGUAGACUACGGAGGUGGCCCAGAGUCGGAGCACAAUCUACAUCUUUCGCACCACGGCCACCACGGUCAUCACGACCCUCACGACCCUCACGGCCACUACGAGCACCAGGCCUCAACCACCACUCCGACCUUCUCGCCCUUCCGGCAUCCUGCGUCUGUACCGUCAAUUGAUCCGGGCAUCGACCAAGGCUCUGGUGCCAACCCUAAUGGCCACGCACCGAUGACUUCGGUUCAACAGUCCGCCUCGAACCAUCUACUCCAGCCCGACAAUGCCUCUCUGUCCAGCUCUCAUCCUCACCUCCAACAUAACUUCUAUGGCGACAUGCCGCGCUCCUCCCAGACUCCGCCUGCGCCUGCGCCUGCGCCUGCGCCUGCGCCCUCCUCCAAUCCAUCCCCGCGCUUCGCCGCCAUUUCCCCUGCGAGUCAACCCAAGCAUGUAGCUCCUACAUACGUCCCUACCGACCGUCAACCUCCGUCGCGCGAAGUUACCGACGAGACCAUCGACAGUGCCUACGCUGCUUUCAUACUCUACUGCAACCCGAGCUUCCCGACUGAUACAGACACCACCGAAUUGACGAAGCUCUUUCGGACCCCACCAAGAAGUGACGGGAAGGCGUUCAGCACUUGGAACUUGUUUGAGCUCUUGAGGAAGUUCGAUGCGAAAGAAAUCAGGACAUGGACCCAAUUGGCCUUAGAUCUAGGCGUGGAACCUCCAGACACGACUAAGGGUCAGAGCACGCAGAAAGUGCAACAGUACUCGGUUCGAUUGAAGCGAUGGAUGCGUGCUAUGCAUAUUGAUGCCUUCUCCGAAUAUUUGAUCGGCAAGCAGCAUCCAUACUAUCUUCAGAUUCCACCGCCACAUGAUCCUUUCCCGGACAUUGGCAGAGAUGGCGUGCCCUUGGAGGAGGAUCUUGCAAUCCGCGCCCUGGACCCUAAAUUCAGACCAAAGAGAGGCCGAAGGAAAGCUGAGGACGGCGAAGAAGACCUGGAUACGGUGGAUGGCACUCCGCCUCGCAAAAGACCUCAAUUAGAUACAUCGGUUCCAUUUGGCAAUGUGUUGCAACCACAAUCGGCCUAUCCCAGUAGUGCUCAUCCGGAUCACAUGGAAGGUUUCCUAGGUGGUCACGAUCCCUGGACCGGAUCUUCCAUUACGCCCUCUACCGCGAUGACUGCUUCUUCAGCAUCAAGCCGAAUGAAUCCCAACAAAAAUCUCACUCCAUACUCGGCGUCGCCCAUGUCUGGACAACAGCUUCGCUGGCGGCUCAAUACGCAAGACAACCCAACGACUCCACAUCCGCUCUCCGCCAUUACCCCCCAGUCGGCACAUCCCGAUUUCUUUGACGAGCCACAGUCUGCUGUUACUCCUUCUAGUUCCAAACCUCGUUCACGCCGUCGGCAUGGCCCAGCAGUGUCCUCUGCGUGGCCUAGCCAGACUACCUCCUCGACUGGAAAGUUGCGUGGUCGACCGCCCAGUAAUCGCUCGGUUCGCGAUGGUCCCUUCGUUACUUUUCCGGCAAAUCCAUCUAAAGAAGGGCCAACGAUAGACAUGAACAGGAACCCUGGGCACCUCACACCCAUAGUUGAGCGGGCGCAGUCCGAUCCUCCAGCGGCCGAACAGCACUUUCGAUUACCCCCGACUCCAGCAUCUGCCAUAUCCCCGACAAAUAUGGAUGGGUCUCUACAGAACACUUCCCAAAAGCCCCACAGGCUUAGUCUACAAGUUCCUCAAAAUUUGGGUAACCCUGUCCGUCUCGUCACGCCGACAGUUCUUGUCAACGGAGAAGAGGAUGCAACCCCAAGCACAGGCCUGGCGUCCUCUACGAUUGAUGACGAUUCACGUAGAGUACCAACGAGCCGGUUCUUUGACGAAGCUCGUGCGGCCGCCGCGCAGAGACAGCAGCAGCAUGCACCCACGGUCUCUCCGAACCAAGCACAAUCUGACCCGUCCCCUCGCACUCUGAUGCAACCUACAUUUUCGCCCAUUCCAGACCUGCCGUUCGAAACAUUGAAUCGCGCCCUGGCCACCGAACUGAUUCGUGCCCCUCUUACUGGCCGGCGCAAAAGACUACGUGGUACAGAAGCGAAGAACCUUGCGUCCGCCAUUCUACAGCCACUCUAUGCGAAACCAUCUAGUGGCACGGCAAGUCCCGCCAAGAUCAUGAGCGAUCAAAUGUUAGCCAUCGCCAUUGCGAGUUGUCUGGGAAUUAGCGCUUCCGUGGGUCUCGGGAUUGGGGGUCCCAAUGGGGGGCCACGCAAGGUCGAAUGCGUCAGGUUCCGAGUUGGGGGCGAUGGAUACGAAAGUCCCAUCGACGAGGACGACGAGAAUGUCGACGGCACCACUGAUACUGGACACAUACGAGAGACGUUCGAUGUAUAUUUUACAGUAUCAUUCGGCCCGCUCGCAGGCGAAUGGACUGUCAAAGGCCUAUCACCGGGCCCGAACCAUGAGCAGGCUGAGACAGAUCAUGUGACCACGCAGGAGCUGGACAUGCAAGAGUCGAACCCGAAUUCAAUUGCUGGUUGGAAGGCCAAGUACCUCGAAUUACAAAAGAAGCUGUGGGAAAGCGAGGAGAAGGAGAAGCUUCUCAAAGAAAAGGUCCUUGAGGCCGUCCUAUGA